AUGCUUAUUAUACGCGGCACGUACGCUGCCACCCCGCGUUUUCCGCCGGACUUCGCCUCGCUUGCUCCAACCCGCUGCCUGCCCCGACGGAGAGGGACACAAGACCGAUAUUAUAGCAAAUCGAGGAUUGUUAUGUCCGGCCUGGCAGAGGUCGGUGUAAUAUAUGACCACGGUAUUCCGGGCACAUAUAUUAACACAGAACUCGCCUCAUGCGAAAAGUCUUACGCGAUGGAAAUAAAUGGAAAGGAAAAAUUUCUCGGUGAAUUUCAUUGA